AUGAUAAAAGCUGUUCUAAUAAUAAACAACAAUGGGAAGCCCAGGUUCCUCCGAUUUUACGAUGAAAGUAGCCAUGAAAGGCAACAAAUGAUUACAAAGCGAAUUCAUGAAACUAUAAAGAAAAGGACUACCAAUGAGUCUUGUUGUUUUUUGGAAGAUGAGGAAUUGUUCAAUUCGGAUGUGAAAAUUGUGUACAGGCAUUUCGCGACUUUGUACUUUAUUUUUAUUAUCGACUCUAUGGAGAGCGAACUGGGUAUUCUGGACCUAAUUCAGGUUUUCGUUCAAGUGUUAGAUGCAAAUUUCGAGAAUGUGUGCGAAUUGGAUUUGAUAUAUAAUUAUGAGCAGAUCAACUACAUACUGGAUGAGAUCAUAAUGGGAGGCAUCGUUAUGGAAACGAGCAUAGAAGCGAUAAUGGGUUCUAUCAAUGGCGCGAAGAAGUUAAUUGAAAACGAGUCCUCGUUCUUUGGUGACUGA